AUGGUUAGAAUCAGAGGUGGAUCUACUAGUGUCGGACGGUCCUUUAGACUUAGAGAUGAGGACAUUGAAAUUGUGGAACCGUCUACCAAAUCACCUAAAAAGAAGAUUGUGACCCGGGGUGAUAAAGCCAAGCAAACUGCCCAAAGAAAAUUGGUUUCUCAAACUGCUGAACCAUCUGAUGAGCAGAUGGAAGAGCAGAUCUCUGAAGGAAACACAAUUGGUGGAAAUGAGGAACCAGAACAAGCUACCCAGAAUGAUGAAAUUGUCACAAGGUCAUCUGGUAAAAGAAAGAGAACUGCAAAGAGGAAGAGCACUCCCCAAUCCAAGAAAAAGCAAUCUGCUGAUCCCUCUGUUGAUCAGCAGAAUGAAGGAAACAUUGCUGAGAAUCAGCAAACACCUGAACCCUCCACCAGAAAGUCUCCAAGGACAAGGACUGAGGCUCAAAAUGUUGGGGCAUCUGGCACACAAACCUCAAAAGGGAAACGUUCUGGGAAAGACCCAGAGACUGUGGCUGAAUCCAGAAGGAAAAACUUUCAUGAAACCCCUGUCACUCCUAGGACUCCUCGUGAUCAGUCAGACUAUGUCUCUCCCUUCACCAUUCAUCCUAGAAAGUCUGCCAGCAAGUCCUUCACAUCCAAUUCUGAAGUCAUCUCCUUACUUGAAGACCUCAAACAACAUGUCUUGCUUAUUGAAGAUGGUCUCAUGAUGACCAUGACCCCUGCCCAACAAUCCUCCUUCAUUGAAAACAGAAAUCUUCUUGUCCCUCCAAUACCUGAAAACAAUGCAAAUGUUCAUGGGAAAGAGCCAAGACUUGAGCCCACAGGGCCUACUACUGGUACUGAGACCACACCAGCUUCCAGUUCUCAGCCCAAGGAUAAAGAUUUUCGCCACUAUUCGAGUCCACCUCCAGUUACAGAAAACCUUUCUGCAGGAUCUCCUGUUCCAUACAAUAACAGUGGUGAAGCAUUUCUCUGA